GCCUAGGAGUAUCAAGUAGCCUUUCCGCAGCCUCUUGUGUCACCAAUCGAUCCACAGCCUUGAUAAACUUGAGUCUUUGAUUCGUUUAUGCAAGGAUCUAUCCAAACCAUCCAGAGAAGGGUCCUAGGAUCUCAUUAAGUGGUAUCAGAGCACUCUGGAAGGGGAGUUUCGAUUUCUCUUUUGCGAUUUCAUAAGAUCUGUGUUCAUUGUGUUAUAUCAUUGAUCAUUUGGGUUUUGUGUGUUGUUUCUCACUCGAUCUGAUUAGUAUCAUUGAUAGGAUUGAUAGAUCUGAUUGUUUCGUGUCUCAUAUUGCUAGAUCUAAGAAUUUCGAUCAAGUUUUAAACAAAAAAAAACCUUUCACAUUCUUGUCGAUUACGUUAUCGUUUUGCUUGAUCCGAAAGUUUCUUGUGAUUGUGUGACUCGAUCUGUUGUUAGAAUCAUAGAUCAGGAUUUGAUUAUCUCAUCUCAUCAUCCGUUGAAUCUGAUCUGUUUUUGUUUCAAUUUCGAAAGUGAUAAAAUUCAAAUCGUCGCGUGUUGAUCAAGUAUCUUCAUUUGCCGCUUUGUUUGAAUACUUUGCUUCCUUAUUUGAAUCUUGAGUUCUGAAUUCUUUUGAACUACUUACUGGUUCAAGUUCUUCGUGUAUUAGGAAGCAAUGGGUCUGAAGAGGAUGAUGAAACCUUUGUGCGAAGGAAUAAGUUGCUGCAAGAAGCAAUCACCAAACAAGUGAUGGAAGCGAUGGUGAAGUUGCUGGAAGAGAAGUAUGAUCAGAGACCGAAUGAUGGGCAAGGACAAGCAUCUGGCCAGAGACGUGAACAAAGGAGAAACAGACAAGGCCAGCGUGAGCAUGCUGGAUCAGAAGAAACUGAUAACUUCUAUGAGAGAAGUAGCCAUAGCUCCGGUUCGAGACAUAGCAGUAGAAGAUCUCGACAUGAUCAUGAGGGCCGAAGGCAUAGACGCAAUGAGCUAUCAGGAUUGAAGCUUAAGAUCCCUCCUUUCCAUGGUAAAGCUGAUCCAGAUGCCUAUCUUGAGUGGGAGAAGAAGAUCGAACUCGUUUUCAACUGUCAGCAUUACUCAGAGACUAAGAAGAUUCAAGUAGCUGCUACCGAGUUCAAUGAUUAUGCAUUGAGCUGGUGGGAUCAGUUGGUUACAAACAAGAGGCGCAAUGGUGAAUUCCCCAUUGAAACAUGGGCAGAGAUGAAAGCUGUGAUGCGCAAGAGGUUUGUACCAAGUCAUUAUCACCGUGAUCUUCAUCAAAAACUGAGACUGCUCACACAAGGAUCAAAGUCGGUAGAGGAAUACUUUCAAGAGAUGGAGUUGCUUAUGCCAAGAGCUUGUGUAUCUGAGGACAGUGAAGCUACUAUGGCACGUUUUCUUGGUGGACUCAACCGUGAGAUACAAGAUAGAGUGGAGAUGCAACACUACUUGGAGAUAGAGGAGAUGCUACACAAAGCUAUCUUAGUGGAGCAGCAAGUUAAGAGAAGAAGUUAUGCGCGUGGCAGCUAUGGUUCCAGUAGAUACCAGACCUCUAAGGAAGAUAAACCAAGCUAUCAGAAGGAGAGCAAACCACAGCCAAAAGAAGAAUCCAAGUCUAGUAGUAUCUACAACAAAGAUAAGGGUAAAGUGGAAGCUACAAGCUCGCGUGCAAGAGAUGUGAAGUGUUUUAAGUGCCAAGGGCGUGGGCACUAUGCUAAUGAGUGUACUAACAAGAGAGUUAUGAUUCUUCUGGAGAAUGGAGAGUUUGAAUCUGAAGAUGAGAAACUCAGGACUGAUCAAGAACUAUCUGAAGCUGAGUAUGAGGAGGAACCAGUUCAAGGUAGACUUUUGGUUGCAAGAAGAACUCUCAGUUUGCAAAACAAAACUGAGGAGCAAGAACAAAGAGAGAACUUCGAGACAAUGGUGAAGAAGCUUGGUUUGAAAGCUCAAAAGCAUCCUAAACCUUACCGGCUGCAGUGGCUUAAUGAAGAGGGAGAGAUGAGGGUAUCUACUCAGGUUUCUAUACCCUUGUCCAUUGGGAGGUAUGAAGAUGACAUUCUCUGUGAUGUGAUACCCAUGGAAGCCAGCCACAUACUACUGGGAAGGCCUUGGCAGUUUGAUAGGCGUGUCAUUCAUGAUGGCUUCACCAACAAACAUUCUUUUGAGUUCAACGGCAAGCGAACUGUCUUGGUACCUCUAACUCCUAAAGAAGUGCAUGAAGAUCAGCUUCAGCUUCAGAAAAAGAAAGAGAUUGAUCUCAAACCAGAUAAGCAACACAACUUCUAUGCUAAAGCUAGUGAAAUCAAAAGAUCUCUUUAUUCUCAUCAAUCGGUUCUCUUAUUUAUUUUUAAAGAAUCUCUUUUAUCUCUAACUGAUUGUACACCGGUGUAUCCGAGUGAGAUGUCAGCUCUUUUACAGGAAUACCAGGAUGUAUUUCCAGAAGAUAAUCCCAUAGGUUUGCCACCUAUUCGAGGAAUUGAGCAUCAGAUUGAUUUUGUACCAGGAGCUACUCUUCCCAACAGACCAGCAUACAGAACUAAUCCUGUGGAAACUAAGGAGCUACAAAGACAGGUUGAGGAACUGAUGGAGAAAGGCCAUAUCCGUGAGAGUAUGAGCCCCUGUGCUGUGCCUGUGCUCCUUGUGCCUAAGAAAGAUGGGAGCUGGCGCAUGUGUGUUGAUUGUAGAGCAAUCAACAACAUAACAGUGAAGUAUCGCCACCCUAUUCCUAGAUUAGAUGAUAUGCUUGAUGAAUUGCAUGGUUCUAGUGUCUUUUCUAAGAUAGAUUUGAAGAGUGGAUAUCAUCAAAUUAGAAUGAAAGAGGGAGAUGAGUGGAAAACAGCCUUUAAGACUAAGCAUGGGUUGUAUGAGUGGUUAGUCAUGCCUUUUGGAUUAACCAAUGCUCCUAGUACUUUUAUGAGAUUGAUGAACCAUGUGCUUAGAUCCUUCAUAGGCUUAUUUGUGGUAGUAUACUUUGAUGAUAUCCUUGUCUACUCUAAGAGUUUAGAAGAGCAUAUAAAACAUCUUAGGACUGUUCUUGAUGUCUUGAGAAAAGAAAAGCUAUUUGCUAAUCUUAAGAAAUGUACUUUUUGUACGGAUAACUUGGUCUUUUUAGGCUUUGUUGUGAGUGCAGAUGGAGUAAAGGUAGAUCAGGAGAAGGUGAGAGCAAUUCAAGAAUGGCCAAUUCCAAAGACUAUAAGUGAAAAAGAAGUCGGAUUCAAGUGGGGAGAAGCACAAGAGACUGCCUUCCAAUGCCUUAAAGAGAAGCUUACUCACUCCCCUCUUCUUAUACUUCCUGACUUUCAUAAAACUUUUGAAAUAGAAUGUGAUGCCUCAGGAAUUGGUAUUGGUGCUGUAUUGAUGCAGGAGAAGAGACCCAUUGCAUACUUCAGUGAGAAGCUUGGAGGCGCCACCCUCAACUAUGCAACUUAUGAUAAAGAGCUGUAUGCCUUGGUGAGAGCCUUGCAGACUUGGCAGCACUAUCUCUGGCCUAAAGAAUUCGUCAUACAUACAGAUCAUGAAUCUCUCAAAUACCUCAAAGGACAGAACAAACUCAGCAAGAGACACGCAAGGUGGGUUGAGUUCAUUGAGACAUUUCCUUAUGUCAUCAAGUAUAAACAAGACUUGUUUGUUAGGGAAUCUCAUGGAGGAAGUCUCAUGGGGCAUUCUACUUCUAAGUUUUCUCCUUUUGAGAUUGUUUAUGGGUUCAAUCCCAACUCUCCUUUGGAUUUAAUUCCUUUACCUGAGUGUGAAAGGGUCAGCGUUGAUGGCAAAAAGAAGGCAGAGAUGGUGAAACAACUCCACGAGCAGGCUAGGCUCAACAUUGAGGCAACAACCAAACAGUAUGUUAAGCAUGCUAACAAAGGAAGGCGUGAGAUGGUCUUUGAAGUGGGUGAUCAGGUCUGGAUUCACCUAAGGAAAGAGAGGUUUCCCAAUGAAAGGAAGUCCAAGCUGAUGCCGCGGAUUGAUGGACCUUUUGAGGUCAUAAGGAAGAUCAGCAACAAUGCCUACAAACUGGAUUUGCAAGAUGAGCCAGAUUUGAGGACAAAUCCUUUUCAAGUGGGAGGGGAUGAUAUGAUCAUGGAUCAGCUAGUUGAUAAAGAUGAAGAAGGAGAGACUGAAGAUACACUAGCUGAAGAGGAAGCUGUCCUAGCCAUUCCCACAGGUCCUAUAACUCGUGCAAUGACAAGGAGACUCAAGGAAGCUGUUGGAAACAUACUGAAGAUCUCUAAGGAGCAA